UUCAUUAGCUGAAUGAACACACCGUAGCUCGGGUGUUCCUGCGUGCCUACCACAUAUCGUUGCCGUGUUUGCUUAAAGAUGCGGAGAAGUCGUGAGCUCGGUUAUUCUGAUUGGAUCCUACCCCAGUAAGCAGCAGAAUUAGUUGUGCUCUAGAUUUUGGAAGAAAUGUUUCCUAGUUCGAACAGUGACAUGAUACCGGCGCCGGCUCCGAGGUACCCAGUGUCAUACCAACCAGCAGGAUAUGCUAGCACUACUCCAGGAAUUUCAGGCGCGUAUCCGAAUCCUAUUUCAACGUAUACCAGCAACCCAGCUGGAGUUAUAACGAGCCAGAUACCUCCUGCUUUUGCGCCAACUCUACCCCACCCUUCGAGUGGUCAAUUUCCCCAGCAGUUAAACUCGCAUGUCGGAGUUUCAUCGCCUUACCCAGCCAUGACCCCAAACAUGGGAAUAAGUCCAAACAUGGCGAUAGUUCCGGGUUCAAUGGGUAGGGCAAGCGACAAGGGAAAUGCGUACAGGCGCACUUACACUCAUGCUAAGCCACCGUAUAGCUAUAUAUCUCUGAUAACAAUGGCGCUGCAGUCUUGUCAGAAUAAAAUGAUGACUCUUAGCGAGGUGUAUCAGUGGAUCAUGGACCUUUUCCCUUUCUACCGAGCAAAUCAACAGCGCUGGCAAAACUCAAUACGUCAUAGCUUGUCGUUCAACGACUGCUUCGUAAAGGUUCCACGAUCGCCGGACAAACCCGGCAAAGGUUCCUAUUGGAGUCUCCACCCCGACGCUGGAAAUAUGUUUGAAAAUGGAUGUUACUUGCGAAGACAGAAACGUUUCAAAUGCGAAAAGAAGGCGGCACAGAAGGCUGCACAACAAGAAGCAAGAAUAAAAGAAGAAAACAAAGACGACAUGAAAGACGGAGAUGAGCACAUGGAUCCAAGAAACGAACUUUCCCAAUUAAACAUGACCCUUGAACCUGACAAGUUGAUUGACACGAAACCGAUCGUUCGAAUCAACACUUCUGUCACUCCUCUUUCAUCGGUACAGACGACUUUGCAUACGCUUGAACCUGUGGAAAACAAUGCAAACGGUGAAAUGCAGCACUCAUCAACAGAAAUGACAACUGUUUUAACUGCUAUACCAUCGGCAAUAGUUGCCCCAUCAAACCCACCGACCAUGUAUGGCUACCCAGGACACCAAAGCUUUAUGCCCCCGAGUAUUCACUCAAUGAUGGCUCCAGGAGAAAGCAGUCACAUGUCUGCUCACCCACAAAUGCACACGAUGACAUCAAUUAAAAGCGACGCCCAGUCCUUUUCCCACCACCCCUUCUCUAUUAACAGUUUGAUCGUCAACGACAACAAAGACAUGAGAUCCUACGAGGCGCUUCAGAUGCAAUACUACAACCCAAUGCAACAAGGACCCGGUUUGAUUCCACUACCACCUUCUACAAUUCAACAGUACGGCACUCACUCAAUGCACCCAGAGAACCUGCCACCUUCCACCACCCCUACAACAACUGUUGAUCACAACGGCCUAUCUGGUGAGCUCCAUCCUCACGUUCUUCAAGUAGUGACACCCAGCGGCGUGUCUAAUCACCACCAGCAACACUUGAUGCCGAUGAAUCCGAUGCGAAUCGACAUUGGCCUCGAACGACCAAGCCAGAUAACAGAAACUUACUAUACCGAGGACCAGAUACAUCAACAACAACAGCAACAGCAACAACAACAACAACAACAGCAACAACAACAACAGCCACAACAAGUACAACAACCACAGCAACAAGUUCCACAACAACAGCAGACAUCACAACAACAGCAAGCACCAUGAGUGUCGGGUGAUUCUAUUCUAAAAGUUAUGAGAUUUAUUAUUUGUUGCAAACCAAGUGGUAUUCAUGUACCAAAAGAAUUUUUUUUUGUAUAACUUAGCUCAAUGUAGAUUUUGCUAUACAGCGCCGUAAUUCUCCGCUUAUUUGUCAUGUGACGUUUUAAACCUCUUUUUCUUUAGCUACUAAAUCAAGCUGUGUUCCAUGCUGUGUCAUAUAGAAACAAUUGUCAUACCGUUGUUUACUUUGAGUUUACGUACUGUAUCCCUUGUUAAAUUAUUAUAGACUUUCCACAUUACAAAAAUGCAGGUUUUAUUUUAUAUUAGACACGAAACUUGGUGCUUGAUUGAACUUAAUACAUGCGGUUUCAUUUGUGUCUUGUUGUAUAUAAACAAUUUAAAAAAAUAAAUCGAAUGGUUGCAAUAAUUUUAACAAGUAAAUCGCUUUUACUUAUUUUAGUGCUGGUUGUAAAGUGAUAGUGUACAUAUUGCUCUGUAAGUUGCUGCAUUUUGUUCCAAAUAAAAUGACUGUACAAUUUUUAA